AAUUGUAAACAAACAAAGUGGUGGAGUGAGGGUCGUCUUGAAGCUCCAUUGUAUUAUUAUUCCACCACUACUAGCACUCAUAUUUAUAUUCUUUAAGUACCAAGCACCAACAUGUCUCUACAAGAACAGGCUCUGAGCUUUAUAGACACAGCAUUAAGAGUUCCGCCGCUUUUUAUUAUGGAUGAAGUUCUCAAGUUCAGCUUCACUGGUCCACUCCACGUCAGGUAUUCAAGGUUCAUGAGUGAUGAAAACCCAUUCCUGAAUGGCAAUGGCUUUGGCCAUAUUAAUGAGGAAGAUGUAAAAAUGUGGGCCACGGAGAAUGACACAAGUGAUGGCUUGGAGGGUUACCCCAUGCUCACAUCUAUUGCACCUGCAAUAGCAAAAAUACUUAUGUUUAUAUUAAUGUAUAUUAUAGCAACUGUGACAUUUCUGCUGAGUUCUCAACGCUUAAUACAAGUUUAUCUAGUGGUGGCGAGCAUGGCCGUUGUGGUCGCUGGAUACCAAGCAAACAUGGUAACUGUGCAGUACUUAACCUCCCCUCCACAGUCUGACCAUCCAUCUGUACUCUACAGUAUACUUUCCCUAAAUGCCACAGCGCUAUGGGACAGUGGAGGGACCCUCUCCACGUUAACAGUAAACUAUAUAUUUCAAGGUUCUUUAGGGUAUCUUUUUACUCUCUUAUAUUCAGGGCCUCAGUAUCCAGUGCUGCAUAAAAUCAUGAUUACUUCAUUUCUCAUGCCUCCAAUAUCCAUGCUCUUCACGCUUCCCAGUGGAAUACUUUCUGCUGUACCAUUAUUUGCUGCACUGCUUCCUUUAGUAUUAGUCAAGUACACUGUUGCCAGUAACUUACUGAAAUGUACACAAGUGGUCAUUGAUGGAUACCAUUAUGCUCGCCGGAUCAUGAGGGACUUUGGUCUUCAUUCCCUCUUGGAAUCGGAAUGGGUCCGACUAAAUGUUCCAAAUGUGCUACGAACAUUUUGGCUUAUUCGUGUGGCUCAUCAUGUUGUAAUCAUGCUGGGGGAAUUCAUGUAUUCCAGAGGAGAGUAUCAGUCUCUAUGGACCUUAGAUUUAGAAGCUGUUUAUGUUAUCUUCAAAUCUGUAAUGACUCAAGGAUGUGAAACUGUUGUGGCACUACUUGGUAUGACAAGUAUUGUUUCAUAUGUAAGUCACUAUGUUGGUGUAGCGUUUCAGAUGAUACUUCUGACAGUGGAAGACGAUGAGAGAAGCAUGGGGACAGUGUGUGCUAUCCUAUUUUUCGUCUUGGCUGAACAAAGUGGCUUGACAGUCAUGAAAGGGGAGAAGAGAUUUGUCCGUUUAUGUAGGAAUUUUUGUCUUCUCUUUACGGCAAUGCUGCACUUCAUACAUAAUAUGGUAAAUCCCGUCUUAAUGUCCUUGAGUGCCUCCCGAAAUCCAGCCCUAUACAGACACAUAAGGGCUCUGAUAGUCUGCUCUCUCCUUGUGUUCCUGCCAGUGUUACUCCUGUUUAUACUCUGGUCAUUUUAUCCACUUUCCACCUGGUUACUGGCAGUCUCAGCCUUCUCAAUACAAGUCAUAGUUAAAACUCUGGUAUCUCUUUUAAUAUACAGAUUGUUUCUUGUUGAUGCUUAUUGCAGCACAUUUUGGGAGAAAUUGGAUGAUUAUGUUUAUUAUAUCAAGGCAUUUGGGAAUAGUGUUGAAUUUGUAUUUGGGAUUCUUCUGUUCUUUAAUGGGGCUUGGAUUUAUUUCUUUGAAUCUGGGGGAUCCAUUCGAGCAUUCAUGAUGUGUAUCCAUGCUUAUUUUAACAUAUGGUGCGAAGCAAGGAAUGGAUGGACCGUAUUUAUGAAACGGCGAACGGCUGUCAACAAAAUUAACUCCUUACCAGAGGCAACACCGGAACAACUUAAUGAUCAUGAUGAUGUUUGUGCAAUCUGUUACCAAGGCCUACAUACUGCUAGAAUCACAAAAUGUAACCAUUAUUUUCACAGUGUAUGUUUGCGAAAGUGGUUGUACGUCCAAGAUUCUUGUCCAUUAUGCCACGAGACAUUGUAUAAAACUGAACCCUCUGAUGAUAAGCAGGGGGUAGGUGAAGGCGGUGGAGAGAUAGUUAUGGAUAGGGUUCCUCCAGAUCAAGACGCUGAUGUGCAAGGUGCUCAACCAAACGAAGAUAUGGGUAAUAGGGACAUACCAGCGUGGAGGCACCGAGAUUUUGACGUUAUACCGGGCGAAAACACGAACGGCCCGAAUGGAGAAGUGGUGAUAGACAACGAGGUAGGGGAAGCUGUCAUGCUGCCACCUCAGGUUCAACACCUUGAGGACGGGGUAAUGCACAGACAGCAGGAACGACGGGAGUCUCAGGGGUCAGAACGAGGGGACAACAGAGCCCAGCUGCAGCAUAAUGAUAGAGAACCUCAGUUUAAUGAUAAUAACGAUGUGUUUACUUUGAGAUCGCUUAGAAGGCAUUUUAUUGAUCAAGAUAUAGGUCAGCAGUAGUGAGAUUAUGAUCUUGUAAUCAGAUAAGAAGAGAGAGACUGUAAAUGUAAAUUAUGAAUAGACUUACAGUGGGUGAUUAAAAAAGUUAAAUGAUAUUAGUCAUUGAUUCAUAUGCAUGCAGUUUUCUUUAACACACACACACACACACACACACACACACACACACACACACACACACACACACACACUUGUAUAUAUAUAUAUAUCUAUAUCUGCAUUCAUAACUAGCUUAAGGAUAUAGCUAAUAAGUUCAUAUAAAACUAUGUGGAACAUAGUCUGCCUUGAUUUACUCAAUAUGCUUUGAUACAUGAUAGCAUAUAUUAAUUUUGUGAUAUAUUACAGUAUGUCCUUACAUGAGCUCAUUCUUGUAGAUUAUCAGUUUUGUGACUAAUUCAUCAUCAUUAUAGAUUCAGAUAUAUUAUUUUAAGUAGAAUAAGAUGUACAGUAUUAUGAUUUUGUAAAAGUUGUCAGUUGUAGAAACUAAUGGAAGUGCUUAAUGGCCCAGGUGGGUGAAGUACCUAAAAAAAAAAGGAUGUAACAAUCAUAUUUUGCACUAAAUUUUCACAGAACUUGUGUUUUAUAACUUAACGUCUGUAUCAGUUAACUGUGUAUGUCCAACAAAUAUGCAGAGGCUGAAAAACUCAAAUGCUGGGGUCACGGCUUAUGCCUGGGAACUAAAUAGGAAAUAACAGAAUAUUAUGGUAUCCUUCACCUUCAUACUGGGGUUCCUGAAGGAUACCAUUUUUUAGUAAGGAGUUGCCCCCAAAAAUGGAGAAGGCUUAAAAAGAGACCCCCUAGUCUGUUCAUUAGUUACAUAGCUCUCAAACCUGACCAUCUGCCUUAGAUUCCAGUCAGACCUCAAGCUGAGUCUAUUUACCCAUUCUUACAAUUAUAUGGGGUGUGUACUGAGGUUAUGUUGCUUAAUACUGAAACUCUCAGGUCUUUUUCCUUUUUUAGAAUACUGUAUUGUACUCUCCCUUCUAACCUGGUGGUAUCCUUCCCUUACACAGGUAUUCACGAGAAAGAUUAAUCCGUUAUUUUUACUUUUAUUUUUUUAUUUUUACACCCCAGUCAUGAGUUGGAACCCUCGGGUCUAAGUUUCGAAACGCACAGACUUGCUGGUUAUACACAGUUAGAAGGGUUCAUGAUGCAUAAUAGUAUUUAGACAGAAGCAGUGUGUUUUCUCAGGUCCAGGAUGCUACAGUGUUAAACCAUUUAUGAAAGAUUACAUGACUGAACAUAACUUAAGCUAAAAAAGAAUCCAGUAAUGUUAGUGUAGUUCAUGUUUGUUAAUGUUGUUUACUUUCUGAAUUGUUUUAAAACUGAAGCUCUCCAGACCCAGAGAUGAAGACUCUUGUAGUACAGUACUGUGGGAUUUAGUGUAUUUUUGGUAACUGUGAUCAUUAAUUUUUACAAGUUUUAGGAAACCUUAUUCUACUUUAAACCUCAUGCCAUCCAGUGAAAAUGUGAAUAAUACCGUGUUCAUAUCGGAAGUGGUUCUUUUCGUGUGUGUAAUAAAGUGGUCUGAAUGUCCUAAUUAUUAUAUUUUUUCUCUUAUGUGGUGGAAAAUUACAUCAUGUUGGUUAUAGUUAUAUAUAAAAAAAUCUCUCUUGUGUGCUGUUAUACUGUACAGGAGUGCUUUGAUUUAUGAAAGGGAUAUACGGUAUGUAUAUGUUUCUGAAAACCUUUCGUAAAUCGAAGCCAUUUUUCCCAUUGACUACCAUUAUAUAAAGGGAGAUAGGUUCCUACUUAAAAACACAUAUUUCAAGCAAUUUUUUGUGGUAAAUAAUACUUCUAAGCAAAUGUAUUAAUCAUAAUAACAUUAAUAAAGCAGUACAGUACUGUAUCAAGUUUGUUUGAUCCAUAUUAGAAUACAAUUUACUGACAGUAAACUGUGUGUGGUCGGUGCUGAGGGUGAUGGUGUGGCAGGAUGGUGGUAGAUGGUGUUACUGGGAGGAUGAUGAUGUAGCAGCUGGAACCUCUGCCUUACCAUCACCACCACCAUCCUAUGACAUGUUAGUAUAUGUGUCUAUAAGCACAGAAAUGUUUCACACACUAGCCUGCACUACAGUACUGUACAUUGCUUACUGUCUGUGUUUUCAGCACAGGAUAUUCUCACAUGCCUGUGUCAGCAACUCAUCAUCUUCCGAUGCUAUGAAAGAUUACAGUAAAAAAAUUUUUUUUGUAAAA